CUGCCUGCACCCUGCAGCCUAGCUCCGGGCCCCAGCCUGUACGUAGUUCGAGGAGGCAAUAGCUUCCACUGGCUUCUGGCCAUGGAUCCUGAGUUCGACUUCAGCCUGGGGGUGCAAGAAGUGGAAGUGGUGGCCGAAAGUCAGAUGGCCGAGGCAGCCAAUGUUGGCGAUCAAGUUCCGGACCCCGAGUUCGGGGUGAACCCUGAGGCCAACGAGAACCGCCAGGGCGAGGUGCACCAGGAGGCCGCUGGCGAAGGCCAGGAGCCUGGGCAGCAGCCGCCCGCGGCGCCGGCCGUCGCUGCUGCGGAGGGCCAGGGUUGCGGUUCCGGACAGCCGCAAGGCGUGCGCAGAAAGUUCACGCAGGUGCAGCUGCAGGAGCUUGAGAGUGUGUUCGAAGAGACUCACUACCCCGAUUGGCUGACCAGAAGGAAGCUUGCAAGACGCCUAGAUGUGACUGACAAGAGAGUCCAGGCUUGGUUUAAGAACAGGCGGGCCAAGUACAGGAGGCAACAGAGGGCUUUAACUGAGAGCAACGCACCUCCUGCACAGCCUGAGCCCAUUCUCAUCGUCAUAGAAGAUAACCCGUAACGUGCUGUCCUUCUUCGGGAGCCAGACGGGAGAGGGGUUCUUGUAACGUGUUCACCUGAGCAGCCCGGCUGCCCGCACUGCCCUUAUCUCCUCAGCACCCACGUUGUCUAUGAAGAGCUCGGUGACCCAUGUUUCUGUCCCUGUGUGCUAACUCACGUUACCAAUA